CCCUGUUUGCGACGAAUCUCAAUUCAACCAGCUAGUAGGAAUAAAAGUGAGGUAACCAAGAUGGUCAACCCGAUUCUAUAUGGCACGGAGUCCAGUCCGCCGGUCCGGGCCGUUCUGCUGACUCUUCGUGCCCUCCAGCUGGAGCACGAGUUCCGUCCACUGGACAUGCAGGCCGGCGAUCAUCUAAAGCCGGAAAUGUUGCGCAAGAACCCGCAGCACACGGUGCCCAUGCUGGAGGAUGGUGAGUCGUGCAUUUGGGACUCGCAUGCCAUCAUCGGGUAUCUGGUGAACAAGUACGCCCAGUCGGACGAGCUGUAUCCCAAGGACCCGCUGCAGCGGGCCGUCGUGGAUCAGCGGCUGCAUUUCGAGACCGGGGUCCUCUUCCACGGCAUUUUCAAGCAGCUGCAGAGGGCUCUUUUCAAGGAGAAUGCCACCGAGGUGCCCAAGGACCGAUUGGCUGAGUUGCGCGAUGCCUACGCUCUGUUGGAGCAAUUUCUGGCGGAUAAUCCCUAUGUGGCCGGACCUCAACUGACCAUCGCCGACUUCAGCAUUGUGGCCACUGUGAGCACCCUGCAUCUGAGCUACUGCCCCGUGGAAGGCACCAAAUACCCCAAGCUAUCCGCCUGGCUGGCUCGCCUUUCCUCGCUGCCCUUCUACGAGGAGGACAACCUAAGAGGAGCCCGCUCGCUGGCCGAUAAGAUACGCGCCAAGCUUCCCAAGCAGUUCGACAAACUGUGGCAAAAGGCCUUCGAGGACAUCAAGAGUGGAACUGGAAAACAGUAAACGCAGAUCCUUUUUCGCCAUUUUUAAGCGAGAAAUGCCUCAAAGUAAAGUUAUACAUAUGUAAGAGGCCUUCUUCAGUCGCGCAUUAAAGAUUUAAAAAGCUCGCUAA